AUUCAUCAUAGCCACACCUGAUGUGUGCACUGCAGCAUGGUGAAAGACAGGAUAAAAGAUCUCAAAUCUGUUCAACAAGGCAAGGAUUAUGGCACAGUCAUUGUGCACAUUGAUGACAAGAUCCAACAUGUGGAUGCUUUCCUCGAAAAGGUGUCUCAGAUUCAGAAGCUAAUAGAAAACAUCAAAACAAAGAUUGAUGAGCUUAAAAAUAUACAGAAGGAGCUGUUAGGUAUUCCAAAGGAUCAAGCAAAGCUAAGGCAGGAUAUGGAUGCUUGUACUGCUUCAAUUCAGAGAAUGAUAACCCUGACAAAUGCUAGACUGAAAGAAAUGGAAGAAGAUAUAAAGAAAGAUCAAACUGAAGAUUCUAAGCCUAAGUCAGUUGUCUUGAGAAAUAUAGAAAAGGUUCAAUACUCAUCUUUAGUGCAUAUGUUUUCUGCUGUAUAUGAAAGCUAUGCUAUCCUGAUAUCAAAUUAUAAGGACAAAUCUGCUGCUCUGCUUAAGCAACAACUGAGGAUAAAGAAUGUUAUAGUUCCACAUGAAGAAUUAGAGGAAUUGCUGGCAGAAGAAAAUACAGCAUUAUUUUCAAACAAUGUAAGCAAAAACAUCAUGUUUUACUGA